AUGUUUGGCUAUCACAUGACAACAGCUUCUGAUCGUGCUGUAGUGUUAACAACAAACGAGCGUGAUGCUCUUGCGAUCUAUGAAGCAACUGAUGGAGCUCUAGCGUUGUCACUCACGCAUGGGGAACGUAUGGAUGCAAAUGUGUUCCCAUAUUUAGAAGAAUUUGAGCAAAUUUUUCUAUGGUUCCCCUCUCGUCAUCUGGAAUGCGCGAAGGAAUGGGGAUAUGCGUUGAAUGGCUCCCGAUGUUAUCUCAUAAGGUUUUUGAGGAUGUGCACAUGGAUCGACCACUUGUACUGGAAAGCCGCCACAGUUUUCAGAAAUAUCGAAAGACCAAUCGAGCUGGUCCGCAACGGAAAGCAUAAUGAAGUAAAACACAUUCUCAGUCGAGAGGCGGUACGCCUUCGCGAAAGGGGUUUCCGUUCGAUGAAUGACGUCCGUGCAGAAGUGAAGGCAGACUUGAUAAACUCAAGUACUCGCCAACUAGGAUUUGCACAGGUAAAAUGA